AUGCGUAUGAAAAUGAAAUUCUUACUGACAGAUACAAAUCAAACCUACAGAUACGAGAGAGAUACAAUUGUACUCGAAUCAUUUUCAUCACCGUGCAUGCGUAUGCAUAAACAUUUAACUAAUGAGCCAUUGUUCUCCCAAAGGGGCUCAAAACUUCUACUGGUACUAACCCUAACACCGCAAAUAAACAAAGUUUCGAUAGUUGCUGCGGCCGCUGGUGCAACAUCCAUAGAUUUAACCACCGUUUAUACACCAAUUAGUAAAACUACAGCUGCAGUGGCAGCACGCAGUGUUAAAACCAAACUACAUAAACAACCCCCACUAGCGCCGCCCACCACCCUGCCACCACACUCAAAAUCAUCAUCACUACAACAUCAAGCUUUAAAGUCCUCCGAUGAUGAUUUAAACUUAAUAGUGGCCCCCUCCAAAUCAUACAUAUCACAAUCACCAACAGAUUCACCCAAGUUACUGAAACGUUCUGGUCAAACUGCCGAGUUGAAACAAAAGAAACCUCUAAAGGAAAUACGUAAUCGUACAAAAGAAAUUGAGAGAUCUUCUAAAUUGCAGGUGGAAGUGCCAGAUCAUAUACCCGACUCUUCGGGUCAUAUUCCAUAUCGCAUUAGCCGACCUCAUCUGCCUCCACCCUCAGCCUCAGAUUAUGACUCAACCGGUUCUAGUGGAUCAACUUCUUCGGACAGUACUGCUUAUCAUGCCGGUCCACCUUAUGAAUCGGAAAAAUGGCACAGUGAAUAUUGGGAUCGAGACUAUGGCAAACAAUUUGGCUUCAAUAGUACUAGAGUACAACAUAUCGAAGCUGAGUGCCAGGAUGAUUAUAUGAAAAUUCGUAUUGGUUACAAUGGUUCCUUUAGUGGUUUAGUUUACUCUGCAGGCUAUGCUUACGACCCCGAUUGUAUGUACAUCAAUGGCUCGGGAAGAGAUUACUAUGAAUUUUAUAUACAACUAAACAGAUGUGGUACUUUGGGUAAAAAUGCUUUGCACGAUGAUAACCGUAAAAAUCCUACGAAUUUCAUGUGGAAUACCGUAACCGUACAAUACAAUCCUUUGAUCGAGGAGGAAUACGAUGAGCACUUCAAGGUGACCUGUGAAUAUGGUUAUGAUUUUUGGAAGACGGUGACAUUUCCCUUUCUAGACGUGGAGGUGGCCACCGGUAAUCCAGUUGUCUUCACCCUAAGUCCGCCCGAAUGUUAUAUGGAGAUACAAAAUGGUUAUGGCAUAGGUGGGCCAAGAGUGACGGGACCGGUAAGGGUGGGCGAUCCCUUGACCUUGAUUAUUUAUAUGAGAAGCAAAUAUGAUGGUUUCGAUAUUGUGGUCAAUGACUGUUUUGCCCAUAAUGGAGCUAAUAAACGCAUACAACUGAUUGAUCAAUAUGGCUGCCCGGUGGAUGAUAAGUUAAUUUCUCGAUUCCGUGGUUCCUGGUCGGAUUCGGGAGUGUUCGAGACACAAGUAUAUGCUUAUAUGAAGACCUUUAGAUUUACCGGUUCUCCAGCUUUGUAUAUAGAAUGUGAUGUGCGCAUGUGUCAUGGCAGAUGUCCGAGUCAACCCUGUCAUUGGCGUAACUUGAAAACCGUUACUAAACGUGAUGUUUCCAACAUUACUAUGGAUACCACGUCCACUGCGGCUGUGGCUGAUGUUUUAAUAGACACAACCGAGAAACCGGAGACUUCGCUAUCGGAAAAUGUUAAUCUCUUCCAGUCUUUAAGGGUGUUGCAGGAAGGCGAAGCUGAUGAUGAUGGUUUAUAUGCCCAUGCCCGACGCUUAGAGCCCAAUCCCAAUCAAACCUGUUUAAAAACCACAACUUUUUCUGCUAUGACAGCCACUUUUUCGGUAAUGCUUUGCAUUCUAGCCGCUUCUCUAAUGGUGGCCUGUUCCCGUUUGAAACAACGCAAAAAGCAGUCUUCAUUAUAUGACACCUAUGUUACACACAAAGGACAAAUUGAUUGAGUCU